AUGGAUGAACAAGAGCAAGAGAGCGCCCGAGUUAGAGCUGAACUAGACGAAAUCAAGGGAGAAGUAGUGCACGAUAUUGGGAAAUCUGUCCAACAAGCUGUGCCAUUACCGGUUUACACCGACGCACGUCCAGUCACCCAUACUGUGGUUCCACCAGCUGCCUAUGCUAGGCAUAUUCCUCACUAUGAAGAUCAACAACACAUGUAUCAGACUGUCGACUCAACAGUUGCUGGUGACGAAGUAAGGUUUGAGGAUUUCAGAGAAUUAAAGGAGAACAUGCAGCUCCUUGAGAAGAAGUUCCGAGAUUUAGAAGGGGACCAUGUCUUUGGAUCUGCCGCCAAAGAAAUGUGCCUCGUAUCUGGGUUGGUGAUUCCGGCCAAAUUCAAAACUCCAGACUUCGACAAAUACAAGGGGCAUACUUGUCCAAAGAGCCAUCUCAUCAUGAAUUACCGAAAAAUGGCUGCACACGUGGAAGACAACAAGCUGAUGAUCCACUGCUUUCAAGAUAGCUUGAGUGGGGCUCCUUCCAAGUGGUAUUUGAGUCUGGAUCAGAAUAGGAUCAGGUAUUUUGGAGACCUGUCAGACGCGUUCAUAAAACACUACAAAUAUAACAUGGACAUGGCGCCUGACAGAAGACAGUUGCAGAGCAUGUUCCAGCAUGAAAAGGAGUCCUUCAAGGAAUAUGCUUAG